UACGUUAAAUGUUUAUUCUCACCUGCUCCCGUCAGUCCCUGUACAGCGUGGUCGCUCACCGCGCAUGCGCACAGCUCGGUGUCUGGUGUCAAACAGCUGUUGGAUCCGUGAUUCAGAACACGAGGGCCCGGGCCAGACUCGGUGCUGAACCCGAACACAGAACACACAGGCCGGCCCGGACCGGGGAAGAACCGCCGCUGACGGAGGGAAUAAGGUGAAGGGGCUAAGAGGCUAACGGGCCGACAGGCCGGUGCGGAUCAGCUGUUCUCCCCCUGGUGCUGCUGGACUGGUCUAUAUCAGUCAGCGUGAGUCUGAUCCGGUUCGGCUGCAGGAUCGGAGGUCGAUAUGUUGAUAGCAGCAGUGAACUCAGGAACCCGAGGCUCCGCACCCUCCAGCAAGAAGCACCGCCGGAGAGGCAAAAAACACCGUAAAGUCCAAGCUGACGGCAGCCGGCCUGAUGAGCUGUGUGAAUCUCAGAGCCUGAACCGUGAUGACAGCCCCCCCCAGUCCGAGCGGUUACCUCCACCAAGUCCUCCAGACAGCGGCACAACAGCAGGCUCAGACAAUCUACCUGAAGCCACCACGUUACCCCUCUCAGAGAGCUGUUCCCCAGGUCCACAGAACCUCCACCAGACAUCACCAAGUUCUGCAACAAAUCCCCCUGAAACUCUUGAGAUUCCUUCUGGAACUACCCUCCAGCCCUCCAAGUUUGUCAGCCAGUCUCCUACCUUAUCAGACGGCCCCACCCCCAGUUUGAGCCAGUCACCUUCUACUGCUAACUGCAGUAUUACCCAGAAUGCCUCUACAUUGCCUCACAUACCUCUACAGAACAUUUCUGCAGAUGAAAAAAUGGAGCUCAAACAAACUUCACCUACUCCAAUAGUUCCUAUUCCUCACUGUGACGAGGCCCAGUCCACUUCUCAACUAAGCCCCGCCCACCCAGACUCCUUCCUGCUGACCUCGCUGACCUUCACCUCCAGUGUCUCCUCCCACCUUUACUCCCCCCUGUGCUCCUCCUCCCUCCUCUGCCCUCUCGACUCGCCCGACCCUCCAUUCAGCUCGCCCCUCCUUACACCAUCAGCCAUCUCUCAGCCGACCCCACCUCCUCCACCUCAGAGCUCCCCUCCUCCGGAACUGACCCCACCCCCUGCUCAUCUGCUGGGCUCUGAUGACGAGGAGCAGGAAGACCCAUCAGAUUACUGCAAAGGUGGCUACUACCCUGUGAAGAUAGGUGACCUGUUCAAUGGAAGGUAUCAUGUGGUGAGGAAACUGGGCUGGGGACACUUCUCCACCGUGUGGCUCUGUUGGGACCUGCAGAAGAAGCGUUUCGUGGCACUGAAGGUAGUGAAGAGUGCUCCACACUAUACCGAGACCGCUCUGGAUGAGAUUAAGCUGCUACGAUGCGUGAGAGACAGCGACCCGUCUGACCCGUACAGAGAAACCAUUGUCCAGCUCAUUGACGACUUCAAGAUCUCUGGAGUGAGUGGAGUUCAUGUCUGCAUGGUUCUGGAGGUUCUGGGUCAUCAGCUGUUAAAGUGGAUCAUAAAGUCAAACUACAUGGGACUUCCUCUUAUCUGUGUCAAGACCAUCAUCAGACAGGUGCUGCAGGGAUUGGACUACCUCCACACAAAAUGCAAGAUCAUCCACACUGACAUUAAACCAGAGAACAUCUUACUGGUGGUGGAUGAGGUUUACGUCAGGAGAUUGGCAGCUGAGGCUACGAUCUGGCAACAGACCGGAGCUCCGCCCCCCUCUGGAUCAUCAGUUAGCAUGGCUCCCAGGGAUCAGCAGAUGGGAAGGCUGUCUAAAAACAAGAGGAAGAAGCUGAAGAGAAAGGCCAAGCGUCAGCAGAGACUGCUGGAGGAGAGACUGGUGGAUCUGCAGAGGUUGGAGGAAAAGGGGGACGUGCUGCAACACGAAGACACAGAGACCAGCUCCAACAGCAAAGCCAGCCCAGAGUCCAGCGGUUCCUGGUUGGAGGACCGGUGUAACGGGCACGACCCCGGACGGUUCUCCAGCCCCGCCUCCGGCCUAUCAGGGUUCUCCAGCUCCGUGAUGUCAGCAACGUCUGAGUCAGCGCUUUCUACUCAGUCGGGAUACUCCAGCGGACGAGAAGUUUUCAGCUCCUCAGACUUCGUCAUCAACCCUUUGGAUCCUCAGAACGCUGACAAACUCCGAGUGAAGAUUGCUGACCUGGGAAACGCUUGCUGGGUGCACAAACACUUCACCGAGGACAUCCAGACCCGACAGUACCGAGCUGUGGAGGUUCUGAUCGGAGGAGAGUACGGCCCGCCGGCCGACAUCUGGAGCGCCGCCUGCAUGGCUUUUGAACUGGCAACAGGAGACUACCUGUUUGAGCCUCAUUCAGGAGAAGACUACACCAGAGACGAAGAUCACAUCGCUCACAUCAUCGAGCUGCUCGGACCCAUCCCUGUGCCCUUUGCCUUGUCUGGCCGGUACUCCAGAGAAUACUUCAACAGGACAGGUGAGCUGCGUCACAUCUCCAACCUGAAGCCGUGGGGUCUGUUUGAGGUUCUGCUGGAGAAGUACGAGUGGCCGCUGGACCAGGCGGCCCAGUUCAGCGACUUCCUGCUGACCAUGCUGGCCCCGCAGCCCGACUGCCGCGCCACGGCGGCCGAGUGUCUGCAGCACGCCUGGCUGCACACAUAAACACUCACACACCUGCACACCGACACACACACCUGCUCACGCCUUCCUGGUUUCUCUCCCUUGAUUCACGUUUUGUUAGCGACGAUUACUGUGUGUUGAUUUAUCAACUGAUCAGCUGUCCAGGUGGUUGCUUGGAGCUGCAGCUUUACUGCAUCCACAUGUGUCCUCUGAUCUCCUCUGAAGUUUGCUCGGGUCGCUGAGUACAGAAUAACUAACGGCUCUUUUCCACUAGUACCGACUCAGCGCGCCCCGACUGGGACGGCUCGUCACGCCUCCACCCGCUUUGUCCUCGUUUGUUUUUCCACACCCAGGUGAGAAGUGGGAGGUUGGAGUGAAGCUGCUGUGACGUCAGAGAAGACAACAACACUAAAGAUGUAGAACCUGGAGGAGAUGAUAGAUGUGCUGCUGGGUCUGUGACUUGUGUUCCAUAUCAAGUUAAAAAAUGAGAGUGAGAGAAGAUUCAAGCGGCAACACUUUUUUAUUUUUUUAUUUUGUUAGUCGGCGCUGAUGAGAAAUAAAGCCUGAAUUAUGGUUCUGCAUUAAAUCGAUGGCGUACCCUAUGGCGUAGGUUCUGCGUUGGUGCAACGCAGAACCAUAAACCAGCCUUCAGCUGGAGCCGCGAGCAGCUUGGAAGUGACCGAGAGCCUGCUAGAUCUGGUCGUUCCUUAUCAGAAUCAGAAAAAGGUUUAUUGCCAAGUUUGUUAAACACACACAAGGAAUUUGUUGUGGUGAUUGGUGCAAUACAAUACAAAUAUAAAAGCAAAUAUAUAAAAGAGAAAAUGUAUAAGCAACAAUGUACAAUAUGAGGUUUUUAAAGUGCCGGAUAUGAGUCUGUACAAAAGUGACUUAGGAUGUGCGUUAAUGUAACUCAUUAGGUCAGGAUUGGAGUCUUUACGUUAAUGUAAUGUAGAGUGGGAU